GGGAACUCUAUUAGCCUUUACAUUUCAUCGACAAGCAAAAAAAAACAAUAUCAUGAGGUGUUUUCAACUUCCAGUUUUGUGUUCCCUUUUGAUUAUCCUAAAAGGAUCAGGACAUGCCAAUCCUUUGCCUGGGACAACUCUGGAGAACUCGCCAUGGCAUAGAGAAGAAGAUAAAAUACUGAGCUCCACUACUGAAAACAGGAAGGAGGAAUUCCUACGGAGUAUGAACCUGUCGCGAGUCCCCACCCAGGAGAAAACAAAAAUUAAGCCCCCCAAGUUUAUGAUCGAUUUGUACAACAGAUAUGUAACAGAUAAAAAGUCCAUGCCAGCGUCAAACAUCAUACGCAGCUUUUAUGUCGAAGAUAUUCUGCUGUCUUCAUCUAUGGAAAUUUCCACCCAAAGCCACAUUUUGUUGUUCAAUGUGUCUAUACCACGGUAUGAGGAAGUGACUCAAGCAGAGCUAAAAAUGUAUGUAUCGCUCAGUAAAAGCCAUACCGGCUACUUGCUUUUACAUGAUGUCCUACAUAUGGAGACUACUGAGAAGAAAAAAGAACCACACUCUUUUCUGGCAUCCAAGGAAUUUAAGAGAAGCCAGUGGAUGACAAUAGAUGUGACCAGUGCAGUAAAGAGAUGGAUGAAUUCUGAGAUAGAAAAUAACAAAUUGGAGGUCUUUUUAAAAACGAAACCCCCACUUGAAUCAUUCAAUGAAACGUCAAGUUCUGGUGCCACCAUCAGUACUAAUCACCCACCCUUUCUCAUAGUUUUUUCAGAUGAUAAAUGUAACAGGGUGAAGGAAUCCAGCACUGAGAUUAGGGACCUAAUACUUCAUGAGGAGCAUAGUAGCUUGGAAACCAUUUCCAAAAACCAUGCUCUUAAAUAUGAAGAAUACAAAGGAGAGAAUAAAAACUUGCCAGAGAGCAAAGGAAGGAUCAAACGUAGUGUGGAAGGCAAUUACUGCAAAAGAACACAACUUAUAGUGAAUUUCAAGGACAUUGGCUGGGAUUCAUGGAUAAUAGGGCCCAAGAGUUAUGAUGCUGGGGAAUGCAAAGGGGAAUGCUAUAAUCCUUUGACAGAUAACUGGACACCAACAAAACAUGCACUUGUGCAGACACUGAUGCACCAAAAGUUUCCAAAACAAAUAAGAAGAGCCUGCUGUGUACCCACAAAGCUAGAGUCUAUACAAGUACUCUACAUGGAUAAUGGUGUGCCGACGAUAAACAAUGAUUUCAAGGAAAUGCGAGUAGUUGAGUGUGGCUGUAGGUAGGAGGGUUUUGUUUGACUGAAAGGCUACUAUAGACCAUGCAGAGCUUAAAAUAAUGAGGAGGAUGGUGCAAGCCAUCUACUAUGUGACAAAACGUCCCUCUAAGCUGAACUUUUAAAAUGAUCCAUAAAAUCGGUAUCAUGUACAAGUUAUGGCAUUUUAAAUAGCAUUGUUAAUUUAGGUUACAUUGGACUAAGCUCUAUAACACAGCAUUACAUGGCUGGGAAAAAGAGGAAUGAAAUGUUAUCCUACUUUUUUUACUUCAAUGUACUAAAGUAGUGUGUUACAUCAGAAAACAAUAUCAAUGUUAGCUAUGACAAAGGAAUGCAGUUUAAAAUGUUAUACUUAAAGAAUAUAAAGAAGAGGGAAGAGCAAAAUUAUUAUUUUUUUUAAGUCAAAAAGAGGUGGAAAGCACUAUUUUUGAGCUAGAUGUGUUCUAGAUAUCAGGAAGCUUUAUGUCAUCCAAUAGAAAAGUUAGCUUUUAAAAAGUGUUAUGCAGAAUACGUGGCAUAAUUCAUGGAUCAUUUAACAGGGGUAAAGUAGGAGUCAUAGAUAGAACAUGUACAGGAGGAAAUAUAUGUAAACGAUAUGUGAACAGUAUAUGUGACGCUAGGGAAGAUAGAACAGUAAUUCAUAGAAUGCUAUGUUUAAUAUGUUACAGCAAAUGAAAACAGGCAUAUAUGAUACAUUACGUUGUAGAUUUAAUUAGAUGGGUGUGGGAGAGUCAAAGAGUCAAAAAGUCAUGGAUUCUAAAUUUGUGUUUAGAAUUGAAAGCAAAAGAUGUCCUCAUAGAUUGGUAAACGUAACAAAUUCCUUAUUCUAUAAUGGUUUCGCCUCAAACCCAAUAAAGCCGAGAUGUUAGUCAGACCCCUUUAUAACAUAGUUGCCCUAGCUUCUAUGAAGGGUUCAGAGAAAACUCUACCUUUCUUGGCAGACACAAAACUGUUUUAUGAGAUCCAGAAAUAAUUUUAUUAAAAUAAAAUGAUAAAAGAUUAAUUUGGAAAGGUUACUAAUC